AUGGAAGCAUCCCUUCUCCCCUUUCAAGCUCUCCCCUUCGUCUUCCUCUUGUUCCGCACCUCCCUUGUCUCUCCUCAACCCACCGAUACCAACACCACACUCUUCUCAUGCUCCACGAAAUCGUCCAGCCCCUGCAAAACUUACGUCGUGUAUCGAACCCAGUCACCCGAAUACUUGAAGCCUGGAGACAUUUCUGACCUCUUCGAAGUCAGUCGCUUAUCCAUAAUAGAAGCCAACAAUCUCUCAUCUGAAGAAGGCGCUUUUCUUCCGGACCAACUCUUGCUCGUUCCGAUAUCGUGCGGUUGCACUGGAAACCGAUCCUUCGCUAACACUACGCACCAGAUCAAGGAAGGCGACACUUUCUACUUGGUUUCGGUCUACAACUUCGAAAACCUCACAGAUUACCACGUCGUCGAGGACUUGAAUCCGACGCUGGAGUCUACCGAUUUGAAACCGGGCCAGGAGGCGGUCAUUCCAUUGUACUGUAAGUGUCCUACAAAUACCCAGAUGGAUCAAGGCACCAAUUUCCUUAUUACCUAUGUAUGGCAAGCAGGAGAUGAAAUCUCUAAAUUGAGUGAGAUGAUGAACUCUUCGACCGACGCCAUAGUAACUGAAAAUAACUAUAGAAAUUUCAGUGCUGCGGGAUCUCACCCCAUACUUAUUCCAGUCUCAGAAAUGCCACAUCUUCCCCCGCCACUUUAUGACACCACCACUUCUGUACACCGCAAACCAUCGAUAACCGUCAUUAUAGCCUUGAGCACAGCAGGGGCUGUUUUAGCCUUGGUUUUGUGUUCUUUGUUGGUCUUUGCUUACUGCAAGUGCCAACCCAAAGAAGCAGUCAUUCUGGAGACUGCCGAUUUUCUUCGGUUCAAGAAACCAAGCAAUGAUCAGCCUGCUAGUCCCAUGACCAAAGGUGAUAAGCUCUUGGCCGGGGUGUCCCGGUUUAUAGACAAGAUGGUCAUGUUCGAAACUAGAGAUAUCCUGGAAGCUACCAUGAAUCUGGACGUGGGGUACAGGAUUGGCCGUUCGGUUUACAGAGCCACCCUAAAUGGGCAGGUGUUCGCCGUCAAGCAGGCGGAAGGUGAUGUCAAAGAAGAGCUGAAGAUCUUACAAAUUGUAAGUCAUGCAAAUCUAAUCAGGUUGGCGGGAAUUUCUACUGACGCUGAUGGUGAUUUCUUCUUGGUCUUUGAAUUCGCUGAGAAUGGAUCAUUGGAGAGGUGGUUGCAUUCCAAUUCUUCCUCAUCAAAUUCUGUUGGUUUUCUCUCAUGGAGACACAGGCUGAACAUAGCACUGGAUGUGGCUAAUGGCCUUCAGUACAUGCACGAGCACACAAGACCGAGCAUCGUACACGGGGACAUUCGGACCAGCAACAUACUUCUGAAUGCCCAUUUUAAGGCCAAGAUAUCGAACUUUUCCAUGGCUAAACCAGCAACAGUCGGUACGACACUCACAAUUGAUGUGUUCGCUUUUGGAGUGGUCCUGUUGGAGCUGAUUUCCGGAAAGAGAGCCAUGGGAAGCGGAGAAGGUGGUGAGAAAGGCAUGUUGUGGAAGGAUAUAAGAAUGGUAUUAGAAGACGAAAACAAGAGGAAGGAUAGGAUGAGGAAAUGGAUAGAUCCAAACUUGGAAGGAUUUUAUCCUAUGGAUCAUGCUAUCAGCCUGGCAGAGGUGGCGAGAGCAUGCACUGCAGAGAAUUCUUCUGAAAGGCCGAGAAUGGCUGAGAUUGUUUUCAACCUUUCGGUCAUAGCUCAAUCAUGUACUGCUUCAUUUGAAAAGGUCUGGUUGCGCGGUUCUGAGGAGAACAUUCAGAUAACAAACUCAGUUUUUGCUCGCUGA